GCUACAGUACCAGGUGCUGCUACAGCUGCUUGUUGCUAUCUAUUCCAGUGUUAAGGACUAAACCUGUUGCCAGCUGCCGCUUCUCAGCAUGUGUCGAGGUUUAGCUGCACUUCCCUUCGCUUGCUUUGAAAGAGCCAAAGAAUUCAAGACUCGCUUAAGGCUCCUGCUUCAUAAAACAGAGCUGGGACAUGAGUUGAGCUCCAGCAAGCCUCUGUGGGGCACCAAGAUGAGAUACUCCUCAGAAGAGGUACUAGGAUGGAAACAAUCUUUUGACCAGCUGCUUAAGAGUAAAAAUGGGUUGUCUGCAUUCCACACCUUCCUGAAGACAGAAUUCAGUGAGGAGAACCUGGAGUUUUGGCUGGCUUGUGAAGACUACAAAAAGACCCGGUCAAAAUCUAAAUUGGCAUCCAAGGCGAACAGGAUCUUUGAAAAGUUUAUUCAAAAUGAAGCACCCAGAGAGGUAAAUAUUGACCAUGAAACCAGAGAGCUAACUCGGAAAAACUUGACAAGUGCUACCUCUGCUUGCUUUGAUGAAGCUCAGGCAAAAACCCGCACCUUAAUGGAGAAGGACUCCUACCCCCGGUUCCUGAAAUCCACCUCUUACUGGAAAAUGACUGAACAGGCUAGCAGCCAUGGCACCAGCAAGCAGUCACACACCUGAUUCAAUUCACCCACACUGCCAGAAAUGGUGUGUGAGGGAAGGUCCAUAUGGUGGAAUGGAGGGAGAGCAGAAGAGGCAGGAGCCUGAGAAACAGCCAGAGAGGCACAAAGAGCUUCUAGCAGUGGAGGUGCAGCUGAAGUCUUGGGAUUUUAUCCUUAUCAGGAUCCCCAGGACCUCCAGCACUUCCAUGUACCCCCAUGGUACAGGUCCUCUUCCACUGCUGCCAUGGGAGACUGUGAAAUGGAAACUGUUGGGGGAAAGAAAUGGGUGGACAGUUACUUCUAUGCAGGCAAGUGCUCCAGUGACAGAAAUUGAAUGGAGGCAGGUGUUAAACAAGAGGCUUGCACUAAAGACUGAGAAAGACAGAAAGGCUGGAUUUGAGUGGCAGGCUGCAGUGAAAAUAGGGCAGACUGAAUUCCCCUUGAAACUGUUCACCACCUAGUGCUGAAAUGUGUGCAUGAAUGAAUGUAUAUAUUAUUAUUUAUAUGCAUGAGUCAGAGCCUCAGGUUGCUCUCAGGACCCUGCCUCUGCCCUUACACAAACCACAAUUAACUACAACUGUACAUAGAACACAGGAGUUUGUAAUUUCUACAAAGUCAGGGCCAAUGAGCCACUCUUGUCUGCAUGCUCUUUCACCAGCUGGAUUAUUCAGAAUGUAACAUCAUAAGGAUGCAAAGGCAACUUUGCAUCUUUUGCCAAAAGAAUCCUGCAACUUCCUUGUUCUGAUCAAGUGAGAUUUCAGGUUCUUUUCUGCUUUUUUCUGUGCAUGCACUAAGUUGAAGUUUUACAUCUCCUUCCAAUAGGACUUCUGCAAAGCAUAGACAUUUCUUCCUUAUUAUAUCAAUGGCAACUCAUGUUUUUGGCCCUUAGAUUGCUAAGUACAAUCUUGGGUCACAUGCUCCACUUUUUUUCCUACAAUUAUUGACAGAAGUUCACAGAUGUGCCUACCACAUUACAAAGCACAAUGAAUAAGCCAUUCCUUGGAGAAAUUCACUAUAAAUUACACUGAACUUACUCUAGAUAACCAAGUAUUAAGAAAACAUAGUGAUAGGUGCUACAUAAAAACCCUAAGAAAGAGGGGGGUGGAUAAAUUGUAGAGUGGGAGAUAGGGAUGAUUCUACCUUGACAAGGCAGAGGGUUGAGCCAGAUGACCUCCUGAGGUCCCUUCUUGUUUCAUGCACAGAUAUCUGUGCAAUAAUACAGGGACUCCAUUUAGACUGCAUUAACAUGUAUACUAUUUUAAGUGCGCUGUACGCAGUACCACUGCUUGCAAGAAUGAGGUGCACUGUGUGCUCCGAACUCUUGUGAAAUUCCCCAAGUACAUGGAGCUUUCUGGUGUCCUCAGGCAUAUGGAGCUUCCUCCAAAUCAUCUCCCCUACAACUCUUGUUCCAGCCUGCAGAGAACCUGCAGGUAGUUGUAUCUUUCCUUGUAAUAAACCAAACAAAAACAAAUUAAAAAAGAAAAGAGGAAAAAAGACAUUUGUAUGGCUGAGCAUGUGAGAGUCUUUGAUUGUCUAGGGCCAGAGGUUGUCUGCACAUAGCUAGCCCUCUAUGGGGAUAUGGCGUUUACCAUCAGUCCAAUAUGCUACCUUCUAAGUCUCAUAGUCAUUCUAAUAUGAUGGUCAUUAAACCAGUCUGCCAUUCCUUGUUUGGCAUGCUGCUCCAGGGAAAGGAUUUAGUUCACUUCUGUUCUGGCCUUUCUGUCAGCGAUUGUCUUGCUGCUGGCUACCAUAUUCUUUGCUGCAUCUGCCCUCUGGCCAUCUGAUGGUUGUGGCCCAGAGUCAUCUGUGUGCUGGUCUCUUGUCCCUGCAUACUGAUUAUUUGAUAUUACUGCACUGCAACUGUUUAUGGUUUUUUCUCAACUGCUGACCUUCAUUGAUAAAUAUGUCGUAGGACCUUGGCCCAACAAUAACUUAGACACUGGCCUUUUGCUAUUGUUUUGUGUGGCUCCUGGAGAGCUGAACCCAGAUGGUCUCCUCUAUAUAGACAGGCCUCCAGUUUCUGAUUCCUUUAUUGUAAUAUGCUGCUCUGUCUUAACGUUUUCUUAGUAGCCUGUCUGUUGUCUUCUUUCCCUCCAUCUGGUCACAGCAGGCUGUCCCUUAUGGGAAAUCGUGUCCUUGAUCUUCACCCCAUCAGUGAAGAAUCAUUCGUUAAAUGAUCCUUCCUGCCCUUUCCAUGAGUCUUUUGGCUGUCUUGACAGGUGGUUCUGCCUUCCCAUUGCUUUGUAGGUACCAUGGGGAAGAAGUCUUGUGCUCAAAUACCCAUUUUGUGCUAAAUCUCUUGAAUUCUUCUGCUCUAUAUUGUCGCCCAUUGCCCGAAUACAAGUUAUCGGGUAUGCUAUACCUGGCAAAGUGUGCCUUCAGCUUCCUGAUUUACUGUUCUGGUUUGAAUGUCAUCUAGAUAGUCCACCUCCCAAAACUUGGAGUAAUAAUUUACUGUGACCAUAUUGUUUCUAUCACUGAAUGCAAAUAGGUCUGUCCUAACCUUUUCCCAAGGUUGUGUUGGGAUCUCAUGAGGCUGCAGCAUCUCCUUCUGUUGCCUGUCUCCAAGGUCUUUACAUACCGCUCCGUGCUUCAUAUGAAUUCCCAGGUAAGGGACUUAUGCCUAGCCUGUAGACACACUCCCUAGUUUGCUGCAGGCAUGCCUCUAUUUUCAGGUGUGAUGUGUAUAUUAUUUUCAUGAUGCUGUCUUGUCUUGAACUGGCAGGGAUUACUGCUCUGUCACCUUUAAACAAGAUCCCAUCUUGUGCACAUAGUACAUCCCUAACCUCCCAGCAGGAAAUGAGUUCCUGGAGCACUUGUACUUUGUGAUCUGGCCACCCCGGAGUAAAAUUUGUAUUGCAGCCUGUACCUGUUCUUCCAAGUUAGUGCUGUCUUGUAUUGACUGGAGAUUCCCUUUGGGAAUAGGGAGGUAUUGUAGCACAUUGAUAGAUUCCAUCUCCUGCCACACAUGGUAUACUUUGGCAGGUAGGUCCUGGCUCAGAGUAUCUGCUACUAUCAGUGACUUCCCUGCACAGUAUCUGAUGCUCACAUCAUAGCACUGAAGUCACAAUAGUAUACUUUGUAGUUGCUUUGGUGCACUCAGGAAUGGCUUCUUUAUAAUGCUUUCCAGUGGCUUGUGAUCAGAAUGCACUCCCACCUUCUGCCCCAAGGUGAAUGGGUGGAAUCACUCCAGUCCAAAGAGCACAGUCAAUUCCUUUUCUGUUUUGCAUAUAACCUUUUUAUGUAUAUGUCAGGGCUUGGCUGGCAAGUGCUAUGGGUUGCUAGUUCUGCAAUAAUGCUACUCCCAGGCCGCUUUGUGAGGCAUCACAUUGUAGCUGUAGGUGCUCUGCUGGGUUGUAAUACCUCAAGACUGGUGCCUCACUUACGAGUUUUCAUUUGGAUGGCAGCAAUUUGUGUCUUGUGACCUUGUGACCGUCUAUAAACUCACUGGGGGGACCAGAAGGGUUGGGGGGAGACCUUGUUUCCCCUAGCGUCCCCCUGAGAUAACAAGGAAUAAUGUCGACAAGUUGUUGGAGAGUAGGUUUAGAUUAGACAUCCUUAAGAACUACUUCAAGUUAGGGCGGCUAGGAUCUGGAACCAACUUCCAAGGGAAGUGGUGCUGGCUCCUACCCUGGGGGUCUUUAAGAAGCAGCUUGAUGCCUACCUGGCUGGGGCCAUUUGAGCCCAGUUUUCUUCCUGCCCAGGCAGGGGGUCGGACCUGAAGAUCUACAAGGUCCCUUCCGACCCUACUUCUAUGAUUCUAUGAUCUUUAUUUUCAGUGCAAUUUACUCAGGGCUGCUGCUUACAGUCAAGAGGUACAUUGUGUGCUCAGAGCUGUUGCAAAAUUCUCCAAGCACACGGAGCUUCCUGGUGACACCCUUCAAAUUAUCCCCCUUACAAAUGAUUGUUCCAACCUGCAGGUACCUACAGGUUUUUACAGUGGACAGAUAAAACUACAGAACUGUAGAUUAGGAAGACUGCUUUGAUAAUGCAGAGGGUUGAACCAGAUGACCUCCCAAAUUCCCUUCUAACCCUAUUUUUCUAUGAUUCUAGUGCAAUUAAAGGCAGAAGCACAACAGCGGAAGCAGUUAAAUUUCUACUCGGUCAUGGCCGGGUUUUGAGAAGGCAUGGGAAAAGGGAGAGGGAGGAGGCUAGCUGUAUUUAUUGUACAUUGAGAAAACUGGAAAUUAUGUUAAAAUGGCAUAAAGUGCUUAUUCUUGCAGCUUAUGCCAAUUCCCUUUUCAGCAAAAUAGGGCUAUUUGGUUGGCAUCAGAAAAACAGCUUCCCGUAAGCAGAACACAUUACAUGUUGUUUUUAACCAUUUGUACUUUCAUUUGCAAAGUGUGCCCUUAGGUGAGUGCCUAUGUAGGAGUGCCUAUCUUUAUGACUUUUUCAAAUCCAGAAAGUUCCCUUGGAACAUGCCUCCUUCAUUCUGCCUCUGCUUUGGGUGCUAUGAAAGGAGCCCUAUAGACAAUAGAAAUUAGGCAGAGAAGGGUUUGUCCUUCCCUCAAGAAGCUUGUGGCUAUUGUGUUGCCUCUACCUGAACCUAUGGAGACUUUCUUGAAUUAAAUGUGGAAGAGGAAAUACAAAGGCAAUUUUAGGUUUUUAAAUUUGGGACUUGUAUCCCCUGCCCUUUUGGAAUUAAUCUGCAGUCAUAGUGCUUUAAAGGAAACAGAAUAUUAAGAAUGUUACUGCACUUGGUGAGCCAUGAAAAAUAGAGUUCUAUGUACAGUGAGACUGAACGUAAAGUCCUGGGACAGUCAUAAGGUCCUAAAAGUGGUUGUAAGAACAAAUUUUGCCGGCAGCUGCUGGUCAUGGCUUGUCUAUGGGGGUUUAUAUAUUUCACUUGCUCAGAAUUUUGGAGCCUUUCAGCUCAAUAAGAGUCAGGAUCCAAGGCUGCAGUUCCAUUGGAAGGUGGUACAGUCUCUUUUCAGCAGUGGUGGAACUGUACUGGUGCUAGCUAGGGCUGCGCGAAGCUUCAGGUGCUGAUUUGAUUGGGAGGAGAUUCGGCCCGAUUCAGUGGCCAAAUCUCCAAAUCUGAAUUGAAUCAGGGGACCAAUUAAAAGGUCUGAAUCUAUUCGAAGCUCUCCGAAUCUUUGAGGUGGGGGAGGGGAGGACUGGAGAAGAGGGGAGGGGAUUAUGGGGGACCCCAGCCAGACCCCAUCCCUUGCCUGCUCCCCCUCUGAACUCAGGUUUUUGCAGUGGCCUUGUGACUUUGGGUGGGCUCAUGGAAGAGCCUGCCACGUGGUACAGGGCAGUGGGGGACAGCAGGGAUCGCUCUCCACCGUGCAGAAACACUGAGUCUGGGGGCUUGGGUGUUCCUUAAAGGGCCGGAGCUGGGGUGGGUGGGGCAGCCAUGGGGGGCCUGGGGAAGGGGCAGGGGUUGUGGGGCUCGUGCAGAGCCCCCUCAUGCAGCAUGGGGCAGUGGGGGGAUCAGCCCCCCCCCCGGUCAGCACCGAGUGAGUCGGGGCUUUUUUUUUUCAAAGCGCCGGGAGCUGGGGCGGCAGCAGCCAAAUCUCCAAAUCAGAUUCGGCUGAAUCGAUUCGGAACAGUGAAUCGAAUCAGUGAAUCAAAUCUCUGUCCCCGGAAUCGGACAAAUCCAAAUCCAAAGUGAAUACUAGCCAUUUCGCACAGGCCUAGUGCUAGCCAAAAUACAAAUGCUAGUGUAUUUUGGGCUCUAAUGUUUUUGGUACUGUCAUGAGGGGAUCCGACUUGAUGAUCUGCUCAGGUCCCUUCCGACCCUACCUACUAUGAAACUAUGAAAAACCUGCCUUGAAAAAAGCUUCCUAAUGAGACUGUAGCACAGUAUUUUACAUGUUAUAGAUUAUUCAUAGAGACCAAUUCCUGAGAUAUCAAGUCAGUAACUACUCAUUCCUUACCCAGACAACCUCUUCUUGACUCCCGUGAGCACUUCCCUAUGUAAGCACAUAGGAUUUGCUCUAGGAAGACUAGUUUAGUCCUGUUUACCAUUCUUCUUUUGAACAGAGGCAUGGAAAAUCUCAACAAGAACUAACAGCUAGACUUCUGUGUCCCCUGCCUCGCCUUCCACCCCUGUUCUACCUUGGAUUCUGUGGGUUCCGACUGCAUUCUCAGGAGAUUCUAAUAUUUAUUAUUUAUUUCUUGAAAAUAAAAUCAUCCUCAUAAUAGCAUUGAAGUGAAUGAUGCACAAAAUUUUCAUUUCAUGGCUAACACAAUGUCAUUAUUAUUACUUGAAAAUAAAAGGAUUUAAAAAGG